UUCGCCGCUACACUCUACUGGAACGACAACAGGCAGUAUGGACUGCAGUCCAUUCAAAUUACGAGGCUAAAACUGGAGUCCUUUUUAUUUUAUUUUAGAAAUACAAGAUAGUGUAGUGGUCAUUGUACGAAGAACAGUGACUAAGAAAAAAAAAUCAUUAAGGAAUUUAUUUUACAAAUAAUCAAACAGUGUCUAGAAACUGUGUUUUUCUGGGUUUUUUUUUUAGCCUUAAGCUUAAUCAUGCAGCAUAGGUUUUUCACAGGAUCAGGCUAACUACAUACAGUUUUUUUUUUCUCUCCAUGCAAUCUAUUUUUUGAUAGAUCAAAUUUCCUUUAACCCCCAAAGCGGAAGCUGAAAGACCGUACACUAACUUCAGCCUGGUAACCGGAUCUACAAUGGCUUCUACGUCUUAUUCAGAUAAACAGCCUGAUACUGAUGUGGAAACCCAAAGGACACGUCUGUGUGAUGAGUUUGCUACAAUAACUGGGACUGACAGCGCGGUAGCGCAGUGCUAUUUGGCCGAGAAUGACUGGGAGAUGCAGAGAGCUUUGAACUCCUUCUUUGAGGCAGAUAUGGAGAGAGUGUUUGCAGAAGAUUUUGAAGAUGACAGUAACCCCACACCUAAAAAACAGAAAACAGAGGAGCAACCAUCAGCCGACUGCAUAGACUUGACUGGAGACAGUCCUGCCACUUCAUGUAAAUCAGCAGAAGAUGAUGAGAAAAAACUGUCUCUGAUCUCCUGGAAUGUGGACGGACUUGACACGGACAACCUUGGCGAGCGAGCCAGAGGCCUUUGCUCCUAUUUAGUCUUAUACACUCCUGAUGUGGUGUUCCUACAGGAGCUCAUUCCACCUUAUGUUCAAUACCUGAAAAAGCGGGCUGUUAGCUACCUUGUUAUUGAAGGUAAAGCAUGUCUGGAAAAGCUUUUUAAUGCAGGUGGCGAAGAGGCUUACUUCACGGGGAUGAUGCUGAGGAAGUCCCGAGUUAAAUUCUUAGAGAGCGAGAUUGUAACUUACCCCACAACCCAGAUGAUGAGGAACCUGCUGGUAGCACAGGUGAUUUUCAAAGGCCAUAAGCUGUGUUUGAUGACGUCCCACCUCGAAAGCUGUAAGGGCCAUGCAGAAGAGCGCAUGAAACAACUGCGCAUGGUCAUGCAGAGGGUGAAAGAUGCCCCGGAUGAUGUCACUGUACUUUUUGGAGGAGACACAAAUCUGAGGGACACUGAGGUGGUCAAAGUGGGCCUGCCGUCUGGUGUCUGUGACGUGUGGGAGAAACUUGGCAAGCAGGAACACUGCCGCUAUACUUGGGACACCAAAGCCAACAGCAACAAGACUGUUCCAUUCGUCAGCCGCUGCCGCUUCGAUCGCAUUUACCUCCGUCCCGCAACUAAAGAAGGAGUCCCACAGCUGUGUCCUGAUCACAUGGCGCUGGUGGGGCUGGAGAAGCUCGACUGUGGCCGCUACACAAGUGACCACUGGGGGAUUUAUUGCAGCUUCACUGUUGGGUAGAUGCUCAUUUUGUUUUUUCCUUUUGAAGUAUUUUGCAGACUGACAAAUUAAGUUUGGUGUACAAUUUUGCUUAAAAGAUGUUUUUACCUCCUUUUGAAGUUUAUUGCCUGUAAGUUCUGAUAAAUUUAUAUUUUAAAUUUUGAAAAAUGUCUUUCUCUUAAUUGCCAAUAAAUACAUAUGGACUGACUUAAAA